GCGGGGGGGGGGGCGGGGCCGGCCUGGCGGCGGCGGCGGAGGGGCGGACAGUUAUGCGGAAGAGUGGGAGGGUGGGGUCUUACAGAGAGGAGGAAUGUGGUGCUGCAAAGGAGUGUGAGAGAGGAAGGAAGACGAUGGUCAGUGGAAGGAGGAUACAAACGCUUGGGCUCGUUGAAGUGUGUGUGUGCGCUAAACGAGGGCGGCUUGGGUACAGGAUUAAAUUCCCUUUUGUUUUUUAAUUGUAAAAUUGCCAGCCUGCUUGUUAUCGAUCGUGUUUGGGCCGUUGAUCAGCGGUGAUGACUGGGUGGGCUCAGCUGAUCGAGUCCAUCGGUCAUCACGGCCUGAUCAACGGGUCGUCUUUGCUGUUGAAUUUGCCGGCAUCGCGGCCAAUCCAGGAAUCUUGUUCUUUUUUUUUUCUUUCUUAUUUUUUUUUGUUCAUUGUAUUAUCACCGAUACUCUUUUUCCUCCUUUCUACUUUUCGAUUUUUUCUGUUUUAGAAGACGACGACAUCGAUGGUGCGCUUGCGGAGAGUAGGAGCCGUCGAUGAGGGCAGCGGCCGGGAACAGUCGAUUUGCGCCGACCGGGACAAAUCGAUGGAUUGUUGUGACAAUGGGAAAACGGGAUUGAUUGGCGGAGGAAAAACAAAAAUGAACGACACGUUUCGCGAGCGCAGCGCAAUUUGAUCGACGGUCGUUUGUUUGAAUUGAAUUUAUGAUUCGGUUAUCUCUGCGUAAAGAAGGACGCAACAAUGGCAAGAGACAUAGAAAAUCUCAUGAAGGCUAUAUACAUGAAGGCGCGGCGAACGUUGUCUCGGAUUCUCAUAUUAAAUUUGCUCUUGCGCUCGUCUGCGCCGGCUACUCCGGCGGCUCUCGACCGUUUGGUGGCGGCGGGCGACGGCUACGGCGGCGAUUAUCGACCACCCCUUGUUGGCGGCGACGGUACGGCGGCGAUUGACCCCUCCUCCUCCCCCUCCUCCCCCUCCAAAAGGUGUAGAUAUUCCAGAGGUUUCAAGGGCGGGCAAGAGGGGGAGGACACGAAGUGAUUGGUUGGGCGCGCGCGGGCAAGAGGAGAGGAGGAAGAGGACGAGACAGACAAAUUCGUGUUUUCGUGGCGGCGGACAAAUUCUCUUUGUCUUGAUUCUUAGUAUAAUACUAUAAUCGAUCAGGAACGGGCGGCGCACUCUCUCGCCUCGACUGGUUGGUUAGUUCUAUAAGUCAAAUCGGCCCCUCUUAAAGGGCCUGAAUUGGCGUGUUGUUGUUGUCGUUGUCUUCUCCAUUCACUGUCGGGGCUCUGCUCACGUUGGUUGGUCGUCUGGUCUUCGCCGCCAAUUUCGUGUCGGGUGUAGAUAUUUUUCGAACGUGCCUUUUGCCCCCCCCGCCCCCCCCCGUCUUACCCUUUCUCUCAUCUCUAGUUUUUCGGAUUACAGUUCUCUAUAUGCGUUUACGGUGUGUUGCGCGAUAUACGGUAGUUCGGUCUCCCCUUGUUUUCGGAGUUGGGGUUGGCGAUGAUGAUGAUGAUGAUGAUGAUGAUGAUGUAUUCUUUAGUUUGUCUUUUUUUGAAUUCCCUAUGAUGAUGAUGCCCGACUGUUCGUGAGGUGGGUACGAGGAAGAUUACAAUAUGUGAAAGCAUAUUAAUGAUUAUAAUAUGUGAAAGCAUAUUAAUCUUAAUUGGUAAUUGAGAAGUAGACUCAGUCUGAUAGUUUGUACAGAAGAGGGGGGGUGGGGGCGGAGGCUGCCGCCGGCGGCGGCGACGGUGGCGACGUGAAGAGGGCAGCGGGAUGCCUGAGUGACAAGCGACCAACGACCAAAGUCUACUAAUGAACACUGCGCGGGGCCGGUUUUUCUUUGGAAGCAAUUGAUUUCUGCUGCAUUUAUUGAAAAAUGCAGAAGUACCGACGGCGGCGGCGGCGGCGUGAAGAGGGCCGGGGGAUGCCUGAAAGUGACAAGCGAGCGAAGUCGAAUGUCGAAUGCUGCUGCUCGGGGACGAUUGUUACCUUCGGAAGCGAUUGUUGAGUUCUGCAUUUAUUGAGAAAUGGAAAGGGGUUACGGAAUAUAGAUAGAAAAUGGAAAAGAAGCAGAAGUGGACUCUUCGCUUGCUUGGAUGACAAAUCGAUCGGACGGUCGACGGAUUGCGUUUCGGAUGUGACACAUCAGAGCGUAAUUGAUGAUGAUGAUGAUAUGAUGACGAUUACUUGGUCGACGGAUUGCGUUUCGGAUGUGACACAUCAGAGCGUAAUCGAUGAUGAUGAUGAUGAUGAUGCUGUGACGAUUACUUGGUCUUCGGGAAGGAAGACGAGUGUGGACAUCUGGACGAACACGACGUUACGGAGGUGACACAUUAGAGCUUAAUUGGUUGAUGAUGAUAUGACGACUAAUUGUUGAUCUUCGGUAAGGAAGACGAUGUGGACAUCGACGAUGACGUCGUGACGACGAUCGACAAUGGCGUGCGACGACAACUCGAUCGGACGGUGGACGAUUGCCUCUCCCUGAUUCUACCGCACAUCUGUAGAUAACGUGAUUUUUUUGGUGUUUUUUUUUUUUGUUUUUUUUUUUUUUGCGUUUUCUUUGUUGAAUUUUGAAGUGCUCGUAAAUUUUCUUAAAUUUCUUUUUUCUUCGGUUUCCCGUUGGCAAUUCGUUUUGUUGAUUCUUAAGUGUA